AUGUUUUACGCUUUAUCUCUAAUAAAAUUCUUCUCAUCAGGUCUUCGUCCAAGGGAUAUCCGGACUGUUGAUCCAUCUUUGUUUCUGACAAACUCAAUGCCCUCUUUGCUGGUUCGUGAGCAUGCCAUUCUGCUAAACUUGGGAUCCUUACGAGCAAUAGCGAUGCAAGAGCAUGUACUUAUCUUUGAUUAUAAUCGGAAAGGAGGAAAAGCUUUUCUAGAUUCAUUGCUGCCUCGACUGAACCCCAGAAAUACGAAUGGAGGGCCAUGCAUGCCAUUCGAGCUUGAGGUCGUUGAAGCCGCAUUGCUUUCGCGAACACAGCGCUUGGAGCAGAGACUUAUGGAUUUAGAACCCCGUGUUCAAGCUCUCCUUGAAAUUUUGCCCAAUCGAUUAACUGCUGACAUAUUGGAGCAACUUCGAAUUAGCAAACAAAUGCUGGUUGAGUUGGGUUCAAGGGCCGGAGCUCUUAGACAAAUGCUUCUUGAUCUUUUGGAGGAUCCACAUGAAAUACGCCGUAUUUGUAUUAUGGGAAGAAACUGUACACUUAAAAAGGGGAAUGAUGAUGUGGAAUGCUCUGUGCCAUUAGAGAAACAGAUUGCUGAUGAAGAAGAGGAAGAAAUUGAGAUGCUUUUGGAAAAUUACCUUCAAAGGUGCGAAUCAUGUCAUGGUCAGGCAGAAAGGCUUCUUGAUUCUGCAAAGGAAAUGGAAGAUUCUAUUGCCGUCAAUUUAAGUUCACGGAGGCUUGAGGUGAGCAGAGUGGAAUUACUUCUCCAAGUUGGGACAUUUUGUGUGGCAGUUGGUGCUCUAGUUGCAGGUAUAUUCGGCAUGAACUUGAAGUCCUAUCUGGAAGAACAUGUGGAUCAUGGCAUGCCUAAAGAAGUAACCAUGGUGGUUGAUAUUGCUAGAAGAUGUUAGUUAGUCAAUUAAAGACGCACUAGAUGCAUGAUGAAAUUUGGCAUAUGACAUAAAACGUUUAGAAAUGCAAGUGAAUGAGACAAGGAACAUCAAUUUCUGGUUAUUGAAGAAAAGCAGCUUCAUAUGACAUACUUCAUGAAUGCGAGGACAUAAAUCUGCAUGUCACCGCACAGGAAUGGAAGGACAUCUUACAAGCAUCAUGGUAUUCUCUCUUUGAGAUCACUAACGGUAUCACUGUGCCUGCCAUAUUAUUUGAGCGGUCGCGAUCAGUAUUAUUGAAGGUUGUAUCAGUAAUUAUAGACAAUGAGAUUAAGUAUAUGGCAAAAAGAACACUUCAAAUACACUUGCUAGUUUCGGAAACAUUGUGGAGAAUAUGAAUAUAAUACAUGCUGGUAAGAGUGACAAUGAGUUGACAAUAAUGAGCAUUACAGUGAUUAAUUUCUAUAGAGGUCUGUACGCUUUACAACUUUUGGAAUAAGUUUGAAUGUAUGAAUUUUGUUUUAAAAUUUA